AUGUUCAUGAUAGCCUUAUCUAUCCACGCUGUGCACAUCCACCUUUAUCCGAAGACGAACCAAGAAGGAAAUGGUUAGAUUGCAGCAGGAUUGUAAAAAUACCCCUUUUUCAGUGAUAAUGUCACCGUCCAGAUCGUUAAAAAACGUCCGGAUUUUUUAAAUGGAACGAUGUCAUAUUUAUAAUAAAAUCAACUUUUUUACGUCCGGCUGACAAUAAACCCUUUGUUUUCCUAAAAACGGAAUAAUUGACGACGCAAAAGCGCUCCAUUUUAACCGUAUUGGUUACACUUCGAAACACGGCGGAUAGCUAAAAUGACGUAACGGUUCGUGCAAAGUUUUUUAGUACAUUUUCCUACCGGCUCUUGAUUGACACAAAUUAUGUCAUAUGGAACAUUGUGACGUAAUAAUGAGUGGUACAACUAUUUUUAUUCUAUUGCUGUGACCUUUGAUAAAUCACGUAUUGCAAAAAAUGGCUGAAAUAUUAGGACGCAAGAAAAUAAAAUUAUCCAAAAACCGCCACCGUUGUUCAAAAUGCAGUAAAUCCUAUUGCUCUAAAUGGGAUUGCGAGCAACACAUCGGCAGUUCAGUUCGGUGCAGUGGUGGUGAGCCGGUUUUAAUAAAAGAAGGAAAUGAAAGUACAACAAGAAUAACGUCUUUCUUUGCCCAAGCUUCCACUUCAUCGGUCCCCAGUUUAAGUGAUCAUUCCAAGCAAGUCGAGGAGGGAAAUGAUGUGACCGACAACAGGAACACAAAUGCAGCAAAUCUUCUCCUUUCAGAAGAUUUCAUUGAAAUAUUUGCCGAGAAGAUAUUAAGUUCUUUUAAUUUUAUAAUUAAAUGUGGAGACGAUUUAAUUUGCAAAACUUGCCACGACGUUGCUCUGAGACACCCUCUUGCCCACCCUUCAGACCAUACUCUGGCACGAUUUACUUUAAAUGGUCGAACUAUUUCGAAAACGGUUUGGUCGAUACGUCGACAUUUGUACUCGUCAUUUCACCAGCACUGCGAGGACAUUGUCAGACAGGAAAGGGAUAUGGAAAAAAAGGCUGCGAAUACCAAAUUAACAGUUGGUCGGAUAUGGUUGCAUGGCGCGCAGGAGGGAGACUCUCUCCUGCGCAGUGAGCGGAAUUUGUGUAUGGCGAAUCACAUAACUGAUAUUGGGGAUAUUGGCCACAGUCGUCACUUGGCACGUCGUUUUAUUGUAUCUUCGCACGAGAAAGCUAAAGAACGUGUGAAGAUAUGGUUUAACACUAAAACUCCUGCAACUAACAAACUUCCUUUAGUUUGUUUAAAUUUUGACAAGCUGACGCUGCAUAGGCGCACAAUGCUAAUGACCGGGGGUCUCGUGCUUUUUAAUGGUGUAAUCACACCACUCUAUCUUUCGUCUCCUGUGAUGGGAAGCGAUUUAAGCGGUGCUGACAUCGUAGCGCUUGUUGACGGUAUUGUGGUUGACUUUGGAAUAGCCAAAAAUCAAGUAAGUGCUGCUUCUGUUGACGGGGAAAUUCUUAAAAAAAUUAAAGGUCAUUGGAGUUCAAAGUUUGGUAUGUCGGCGGAUUGGUGCGGAGUGCAUUGGGAUCUGGCCCAUGGCUUGGAAUUGGCGCGAAAAGAUGUUCAGCCACCAUAUUGGUUAUCUAAUAAAAAUAAGCGAGGUGUGUUGGAUAGGAUACAUAGUGUUUCCACCAUGUUUAAAUGGGGAAAGAGGUACGAAGAAGGACGGGAAUUGGCAGAAGAAAGCGGGCGGAAAUGGUAUGCUCCUCAAGGAUUUUGUGAUACGCGCUGGGCGCAGUUCGAAUAUAGAGCUGUCGAUUCAUUUUUGAAUAAUUAUACUACAGUCAUAGAGUAUUUUACCGAUAAAUCCGAGGAAACCACACCGGUUCGUGGAAAUGCAACGUCCAACGCAAAAAAUACCUUGGCUACGUUGGAUAACCUGACAGAUAUCACCUUUGUUUGUCGUGCGCUGCUUUAUUCCGAUUUUGCAAAUGAAUUAUCUUAAGUUAGCUGCGCUUUACAAAAUCCAGCAACGUUACCAUGGGAUAAAGUUGAUGUUUGUGAAGCAUUUGUACGCUGGUUGGGCGAGAGCGCGACAAAGUUGUGUGCUUCUGCAACAAAU